UGCAACAUAUUUGGUGAAGGUGGACACAUCUCGCGAUUGAAAGUGAACAUGGCAAAUUUAGUUGUGUUAUUGAUUGGUCUGUCGUUCCUCGGCCAUACGUUAAGUGAACAUGACCAUCUGAGAUCGGAAGAAGUGUAUGUAGACUAUUUGAGGAACGAUUACUUGCUGACAGAACGGGAUAUUUGGAACGAUAUAGCGUCCAACAAGAACUUGAAAGAAGUGAUUCAAAAAAUUCACAGUGAACAUUCGAAAUUGUUUUCCAAUUCAUUUCUAACUGGUGAAUCGUUGAGCGAUAAACGCUUGCUGAACGGGAAGAAUAUUAUCGACGAAUAUGUUGCGGAUGUGAAGAUGAAGAUGAGAGCAGUGAAAGAGAACUAUUUGCACGAUUCUACCGAUCCCGACUCGUUAAAAAAAGAGAUUCUAGAGAUGGCUAUGCAAAAUAGCAACACUACACUGGUCGACAGAAUAUAUGAUUCGGUAGUGAGGGAAGACUUUUUCGGUUAUGUCAAGACGAUCGCAGAACAACAAAAAUGUGUUAAACGAGGCCAAACCAUUGACUCGGCAAACUAUCAACUCUUUCAACACUACAAUGAUGUUACUAAAUCCGAAUUAGGCGCCUAUGCUCUGGUUCAAUUAUCUUAUAUGUUUUUGGCGGCAUAUGGAGAAAAAAGUUACAUCGAAAAAGCGAAAAUUUUGCAUAACGUUUACAAGGAACGAAGCAAAAAAACUCAGGAUCACGUCAAAGAACUGAUGCUCGUAGCCAAUAGGGACAUCUGGAAGUGUGACCUAUCGCCUCAAACUUACGAUGACCCUAGAUACCAAAUAACGAAUUUUUUGGAAGGCGUUGUUGAUAACGAGGUGAACUUAAAUCCUGACAAUGACUGUAAAAAAUCAUGCUCGGAUUAUACCACUACCAAAAGCUAUGGAUGUCACGAAGGUACACCAUGCGACAAAGAGCCACAGAAUGCAAAGAGCCGAUGCAAUGGAACCCUAUAUGAUUGUGAUUUCAUUGAGUCUGAUAUGUCCGUGUGCUUUACCGAAAACUACUCAAACCGUCGAUACACCAACAUCGUUCUGGGUUCUGGCAAAAAAUUGGGUAGUGAAGAUUGUUACCGAUCUGCUACGAGCAUAUCGUCAUGGACUAGGUGGUUCGUUCAAUGCAGUAACUGUUUCUGUUUAUGCGACGAAAUGAGCGAGAAGACGGAAAGAUUUUUCAGUUUAAAAGAAGUUUUAGCGGACACGUCGUCCAAUAGCAUAAUAACCGGCGUGGGUUUAUUCAAAGAGAAGGGAAUUUUCACAUGGGGCAUUCACCAAUCCGAAUUGCUUAGCAAUGGUCGAGUAAAUUUAACAAAACCGUGGAAUGCUUUCACAGAAGUAGAACGAUUCCAGCCAGGCGAACAAGUUGAUGGUGUGGACUACCAUACACUAACUUACCAACAUCGCUCAAUAAAUCUGGAUUCCGUGCUAGCACCACCGGGUACCUUAAUAACAGGCAUUCGGUUUAUUGUGAACAAUGGUGUGUUGAACAUUGAAAUACGAGCCACAAAGUUUGAAUUUUCAACGGGACGACUGUACAACGAUCACAAAUGGAUUUCAAAUGAACACGAGAAUGUGCACAGAACGCCGAUAAACCUGAAAAAAUCGGACAUUCCACCGAAAGCAACUGACUUUUCCGUUCAAAAUGUCGAGGUCAACAAAUUUGUCCAAUUUCAGCCGAGCGGCAUCGAGCAAGAUGUUGCCCAGACAACCAUUCCGUUUAUUGAUUCUCAAAUAGUUGAAUCGUUCGAUCAACGAGCACCACUGAGUGGUGUUGGUAUUUAUUUCAAAAAGACCAGCGGUUUCGGUGGAUUUAUUGCUCCCAAGGUUAUUACAUACGAUAUGACGCCACAUAUAGGGAAAAGUAAUUUUUAAAUGGUCGUCGUAGUUCCUUUAUAAGUAUAUCACAUAUUGCACUGUUGUUUAUGAGUAAAAGUACAUUAGUACAU